UUGAUUUUUCUAAGCAAAGUAAACAUGUCUAAACCUGUUCAGGUAUCAAGCCAACCAAAUCCAUGACGGAGGGAUGUCCCGCCUCCCAACUAUUUAAGAGCUCAGACACCUGCUCUGCCUGGGGAUAGGUGAGAUAGCUCAUGAACUCGGCCUUCGGGCUUUGGCUUGCCUUGCAUUUCGACACCAGUACAUUUCCGUGACUCCAGCAGUCCCCGUGCCCCACGCCCCAGAUCCUCGCAGAUACUGUACAGUCGCUCCAAGACACUCGAGACACCACGUGUGGGCCGCAGCGUGCUGAAGACGUGUUCGAGGAGCUCGACGUCUUCCGUGCUCAUCGUGGAGGUGGCAUGGAGGAAGAUCACGAUGACCAGAUCCUCUUGAGCGCGGGGAUGGGCCUCGGCGCCCAGAAUGUGAUGCUCGUUGCGUCGGUCGCCGUGGCGCCGGUCGAUAUGCCCCUGGCGACGACGAUUCUGACCUUUACGCAGACGCUGGCGAGUGCGGUGUUUUUGCCAUUGGGGCAGAGCGUGUUUCAGAAUGAGUUGCAAGGAAACCUGCGGGGAGUCUUGGGGGCUGGGGAGGUGAAGGCGAUGCUGCAGGCCGGGGCGGUGGGGUUUCUCGGGGUGGUGCCGGAGAGUCAGAUGGCGGGGGUGCUGGCGGCGUAUAAUGGAGCGGUUGUAAGGGCGUUCUAUGUCGCGGUGGCUAUGGCGGGGGUGUCGGCUUUUGGGCCGGUGGUGAUGCGCUGCUUGCCUUUGACGGGUAAGAGGAAAGGGGAUGGCAAAGGUGAGGAGAAAGGUCCGUGUGAGGGAAGAGAGGAGGGCGCUGGGAGUCUAUCUGUCGGCGAAGACGAGAAGGGAAUUGACGGUGGGGGACAUACUGGUUUUAUAUAUCCUAUGGCAGAUGUAUAUCUACGCUUGGAAUAAGAUGUUAGAUGGUAGCGGCAAUAUACAGAGAAGGGAUAUCCAUACCUAAUCC